UGUCGCGAGUACCGGCGACGCGUCACGUGGGGCGGGCAAGAUGGCGGCUCCCGCGGACGGCGCCGACCUGGAGGCCUCGCUGCUGAGCUUCGAGAAGCUGGACCGCGCCUCCCCGGACCUGUGGCCCGAGCAGCUGCCCGGCGUUGCCGAGUUCGCCGCCUCCUUCAAAAGCCCUAUUACAAGUUCUCCUCCCAAGUGGAUGGCUGAAUUAGAAAAUGAUGAUAUUGAUAUGUUAAAGGAGUUGGGGAGCCUCACUACAGCUAACCUGAUGGAAAAAGUUCGUGGCCUGCAGAACCUAGCUUAUCAGCUGGGACUGGAUGAAUAAAAUUAGAUGCAGAGUUUGAACAGACCUUCUCUGGACUCUACAAAGCUGAUAGGAGAGGUGCUCCAUCCCUCCGAUGAGGACAGGCUGAGAGAGUUGGGAUUGUUCAGCCCGGAGAAAAGGCGGCUCCGGGGAGAUCUAAUUGUGGCCUUCCAGUACCUGAAGGGGCCUACAGGAAAGAUGGUGAGGGACUGUUUAUCAGGGAGUGUAGUGACAGGACAAGGGGUAAUGGGUUUAAGCUGAAGGAGGGUCAGUUUAGAUUAGAGGUUAGAAAGAAAUUCUUUACCGUGAGGGUGGUGAGGCACUGGAACAGGUUGCCCAGAGAGGUUGUGGAGGCCCCAUCCCUGGAAGUGUUCAAGGCCAGGUUGGAUGAGGCUUUGGGCAAUGUGGUCUAGUGGAGGGUGUCCCUGCCCAUGGCAGGGGGGUUGGAACUAGAUGAUCUUUAAGGUCCUUUCCAACCCAAACCAUUCUGUGAUUCUAUGACUGUGUUUCCUAAUACUGCCUUUAAGUUCUUUUAUCAUACGGACUUAGAAAAGUGAGAGAACAAGAAGAAAAAUCCAAAAGAUCUGCUUAUUAAAGUUAAGGGUCUUGUGGUUUUUGUCUAGAGGUAUUGGAUUUGAUUAUAACUUUGUGUAUUGAAAUUUAAUAGUCCCCUUUUGACUGUUAAUUGAAACUGGCUGUCCAAACCAGGAUUAAAACCACUGCUGACCAGUCUCUAGAUGGCAGCACGAGGCUUUCCAGAGAAGUCUUGCUGCUGUUUCAUAAAGCUGUACCGUUUCAGUCAUGAUUUGAAGUUUUUCUUCCCAAGAUUGUUUUUUGUGACAUAUUUCCUCUUCUAAAUGUGCACUGUUUUUUUUAAAGUAUUUUCAAUGUUUUAUCUGUCUUGAGUGUGAGAAACAACUGUUUCAUUGUGUUAGCAGCUUAAUUACUUUUCUUUCCAACUCUCCUCUUCUACACCCUAUCUCAAAUCCUUUAUGUUUUCAAAGGCUUCUGUUUUCAUCCAAGUUAUUGAUAAAAUUCUUUGCAGGACCAGAGUGAUUCCUGCAGCACUCCAUGACAAAUGUAUCUAUUGAGUAACUUUGUGGUUAUGUUGUGAGGUCUGUUAUUGAACCAGUCCACAGCAUACUUCAUGUCAAUUUUGCAUUAGAAUUCAUUACGCAAAGUGACAUGUGGGGCUGGGUACCUUUUGAAAAGUUUAUUCAUCAAGGUACUACUGCAACACUAAAACUGAAAUCUGAGCAAUUGAUUUGACAUAAUGUAGUUUGAUAAAUUAAUAAGUACUGAAUUACAUGCCUUGUUUCUUAAAUUCAUAUAACUGUCUUACUAUUUUGUCUAUAUAAGCAGGCUUUCUUGACAAAUUUGGAACAAAUGCCUUGAAUGCUUUGUCCAUGUUUGCUGCUUUCAUCUAGGAACAGUUGAAUACUAUUAUCUGGAUUCCACAUUUUUAUUAUAUAUAAUUCCUGCUGUCCCUGAGUUUUUAGCCAUGGAUUUCUCAGUUCGUCUUUUGGUUGCUUGCUUCUCACAGAUUUCUGGUUUUUACAACUAACUUUCUCCCCUCUGUUUUUCCUGUAGAGUUACCUUUACUUUCUGUAACCCUGGCUAUUUUAUUGAAUGCCCUAUGGCUUCUCUGAAUCAAAUUAAAUUGUUAACAUAUAACUUAUGUUUUCUUUCCAGCUUGUUUGACAUCUGGUUUAAUUUCACUUUUAAAAAUAGCCAGUUUUACAGUCACUGCUAUUUCACUGGUCCUCACUUUAAGCAGCGUAUUCUUAUAUGGUUUAAGUGAUUAUAUCUUAAUUGGUGCAAAGUUCUGUGAAAGUUUUUCUUUAUCAGAUGAAACUGAAUAGACUUGCCCUGCUUGGAUUAUAACAGUAAGUUCAAGAAACAGUUGAUUAGAAGCUUCAGAGGUGACUUUUACUGUUAAGAGGUCUGAGAUACAGUGAAUGUCAUUCAGGCUGGAAUACUAACAGAGCUUCCUCCAGUAUUCUAUAUGGGCAUGUGAGGAGUCAGGCUUCUUACCCUCUGUUAUGAUUUCUAUGCAGUAUAAGCACAUACCUGUUUAGCAGUAGCUUUGUCUGAUAACAUAUCAGUCUCUGAGCAUGUGGGAUUUUAGACCUUUAGCAUAACUCAGAUUGUUAAUGCUAUUUUUGAUAAUGCUGGUUCUCUCCUUGUCUGAGGGUUCAGUUAAUUCUUUCUGAAUAAGAUAACCGUUUUCUGUCCAGCCAUGUAUCCAAUUCUUCUGGCUUUGGUAAUACCUAGUACAUUUGGUUCCUACUCAGACAAGGUAAGUUGCUUACUUUUGGUGUUUUACCUUUGUAUUUAAAAAGACUUCUGUUUGGCAGAUAUCUUGCAACUUUGUGAUUAUUUAUUUAUUUAUUUAAACCAAAUGGAUGAGCGAGCACCUUGCUUUUUUAAAAAUAUAUUUCUGACUGGCUGCAUGAUCUCCUGUUCUUUAAUUUCCCUUUUACUAAGAUGCAGGCCAUUAAACUGCCAAUAAAAGAUGGGCUUCUUCCAUAAAUCAGAAUUUCUUAUUUGUACCAUUUAAUUUGCCAAUGACUUACGUUGAAGAUCUUUCUUGUCGAUCAGAAGGGAUCUCCAAGGUGAUAAUGGGGAAUCUCUUCAGCUCUCUUCCUAGCAUGCUAGGAGGAUUCUUGCUCACUCAUGUCUGUUCCUUGCAGAAUAUUCUUCACUUCCUUAGCAUAAAAUUCACCUAAAGGAUAGCCUUCCUUGAAUGAAGCAGGAUUUUUCUAGCAUGAAUCAAUGAUUUUUAAUUUUUUUUUAUUUUUACUCUCCUCUUAAAGGAUAGACUAUCCUUAGGUCUCUAGUUUGUGUAUUUGCUACAAAGUGGUUCUGGAGUUCUGCAGCAGCUUCCAGGCUCAGGACCUGCUAUCAAUAAUAAAAUCUAUUAAAAAAAAUUCUUUUUCAACACCUCUUCAGAGGUUUCAGCUUGUGUUUCCUUGCCUCCUUUUUAAGCUAUGUAAAACUAUACCUUGUCGUCUUGUUUGUUACUGCUUUUCUUUUUGAUUCAGCUCUCAUUAACAGAAGGGAAAUAGAAGCUCUAAAGUUAUUUUAUUGGUUAGAAUACAUUGAAACCAUUGUUAGUAUUAAAAAUCCUGCUUUGGGUGGAUUUUGCUGUCCCUGUUAAUGUGGGUAUUGUAAAGGUGGGAGGAGGAAUGGGGCUCAAUGAACACACCUACUCUUAAUUGUUCAUGUAGUUAGGGUGACUUUGGGAGGCAUAGUAUCACUGCUGACUAUGAGCCGCAGCCACUCAGCAAGUCUUAUCUCUGCUGUCGGCAGAAGGCUUGGGUGAAAAAAGAGGUUAUAGACGUAUUGCCCCAUUAAGGGCUCCCCCCGCGCCCCCCCCCAGCCGCGUCCCUCCAGCUUUGGAGCAGGGUAGCAAGCACCCCAGAAUGAGGAGACCCCAGCUGAUGUGGCAAGCAAGAAGGAGGUAGUUCUUAUCUGCAAACCUAGUCACAGAUCCUGACUCAAUGUUUGUGGCCCACAAAGCAGCAAGUUUCAAAACAGCUUGUGUAAAUUACUGCAAAUUUAGAUACCUAGCUCUGUUUUUCCGCUGUAUGACCCAUUACAGCUUUCAGAGCAACUGAGACAAAGUCGACUUUGUUUUAAAGCUUUGGUUUCAUGAGUUAGCAGCUCUGGGAAGUGCAUACGUUGCUAAUAAGCAAACCUAGCUUGGCGUUAAAAGAUUUUUGUUAUCCUUGAUUGCAGUAAUUUUGUAAGUAGUAGGCUAGACUGCAUGGUAGUUAAGCAACUGCUACCAGAAAUCACUGAGGUGUCCCUAUAAUGGAGACACCCUUCCAGAGACAGCAAGAGACGGAUGGGCACAUGAAUGAGGAACAGCUACUUUGCUCCCAAGUUAAGCCGUCCUUGGUUGUGAAUUGUAGUCCUCUGCAGCUUCAGCAGCCUCUGAAAUUUCUGGAAAAUCAUAAAGGAGUCCUUCUGAACUCCAAGCUAUUAACAGAUCGCCACUCCUUCUCAGAUUGGUAGUCUUCGUUUUUUCAUUUCUCUCACAUAAAUGUUGCCUAUCAUGAUCUCUUGCCUGCAAGUUCAGCUUUUUUGUAGGUUUGGAGGAGUAGCAGCGCAGUUUCAUCUUUUUCCUUCAGCAGGAUUUAACUGUGGCAUAUUUUGAAACAUAUAUGCUUAGUUCUCCCUGCUAUCCUUGUGGGCUAAUUUUGACAUGGAUAAUUUCAAAGCUAGGAUAGUUGUUCCAGCAUGGUUGAAUGUGAUCUUUGAUUUUUUUUUUUUUUUUUUUUUUUUAGCCGAUCAUAGGUAGGAUAUAUUUAAAUCAUGGACUCCAUCUUAGGACUGAACUUGUAUUAUCUAUUCAACUAAAAACCAGGGCAUGAUGCUUAACUUAGUGUUAAACUUGAACUUGGUGUAAGUUGUUGAAGUAGAAUUGAAGGAAAGGAGAGAUGACAAUGUAUCCUCUUACUGAAACACCUCUCUUUUCUGUAAUGAAUUGUCUUUUCUAGGAGUGCCUACCUGUAGUACCAACAUACAGCCUUUGGGUUCCAUGCAAAACACUUGGCCUUUGUACCCAAACAGCCUUAUAUCAAUGAUGUAAUCGAUCAGAUAAAAAUAUUUCCUGACCAUAACUACUUUUUUAGUCCUGAGUCAAUCAUCAUGGAGGCUUUUUAGGCUCAGAAGCCUAACUUUACGUUUGUGACCGUGCCCCCAAUUCCUGCAGUACAGUUGCCUAGUGUCUUUUCUAGUCUGUAUGUGCACUUGUUUGUAACAAAAUGUUUCAGAGUCCUACAUUUGUAGGAAAUCAACAUAUUGACAGGUGUGUGUAAGUAAAGAGGGAUUUAAUGGCAGGGUGUCAGUGGAGUGUCUAUCUCAUGGCAUCUUCUGAAAUCUCUUGUUGGUCCAUUUUAGUAAAAGCUGUGUGUCCACUCUCUGCAGUCUGGGAGGUUGCAUGAAAAACUGAUCUGGAUUCUUCUGGUUUCUUGUUAGCCAAAAUGAGGUUUUUGGAAUCUGUGUAGAAAAGCAGACUCUUUCCUGAACAUGAACUCUCCUUAUUUCCUUGGAGAAAUGGACUACCUAAAGUGUUGUGGUGGAGCUGGAUAAGAGAACUGACUAUUGGAGAAGGAAGAAGGAAAUGAAGUGAAAGAGGAUCACAUGAUGUGGAUCUCAAUCUAGAUCCUGCAGCAGGAAUCUCAGUGCCAGUUAUUAGAAAGGUAUAGCGACGUUCUUAACAUCUUGACUGCUGACGAAAGAGUAAGGUGGAUGCUCCCUCUUUCUUUGUUAAAAGCUGGCACCUCCAGAAGUACAAUGCUUCUAGCACUAGUGUGUCUGUAUUAAUCUGAACAAGAAGGAAGAAAAUACAGUUUGGAAUUGCCUACAUUGCUUCAAGUAUGUUGGAAUCGGAAGAGAACAUUGUAUGCCAAGUCUAGUGCUUGUUAUGUCCUUAAACUUAAAAUACACAGUUUACUUACUCUUGCAAGGUGGACUGUCUUGUAUAGGAGGAGGCACUUUGAGGUGUACUUCAGUUAUUUCUGCUCUGCUUAGAAUUUUCUUUUGUAGCAACUGUUUGGGGUUUUUUUCUUGGUUAUUUUCUGCAUUCCCUGCCUUGCUGAAUGAAUCUUCAUCAUGUUUCAGUUUUGCCUGAAAGCAUAUUUCUCCCUUAUUUUGUUAUUUAGUACUGUGUUUGCAAGGACUUUAUGUGAAAUAGUAUACUUCAUGUGCUUCAAAGCUUGAAGGCAGAGUUUUAUAGCUGGACACCAAAUUAUGCUCUUUGGACACUGGAUUUCUGUAAUAUGCAGUUAGCUUAAGGAUUUACUUAGCAGAGUUAGUAGACUUCUAGAAAAUGUCUCACAUUUUGAACAGUUCAUUUGUGGGUUAGGAAACAAUCACAGAGUUUUUCAGGAACUACACAAUCAGUUGAAAUCGUUGUUUUUGUUUUUCCUGCUAGGGAAAAAAUAUGGAGGCUGUUUUCAAUUUACAUUCAUAGUAAUUCUCGGUCAUUAUUUGGUUGUUUCAGAGAGGUGAAAAGAACACUUAUGUUGUCAGUUAGGGUGUUCAUAUGGCCCUGUCACUCUCAUGUCCAAGCUGCUAUGAUUUCCAUGUGAAACCUUGGCCUUUCUCCUGAUUCUCUUUAUCCCCUCCUCCCAUACUGCUUCUUCAUUUUAAUGCACAGCACUAUGGUAAGAGAUACUCUGCAUCUAAGAGGGAUGAGGAAAUCACCUUUCCUUAUAUUGCUCACUGGGUGGCUUAUUUACAGGCAGGAUUCUUCCGGGGCAGCUCCUGUUGGAGGAGCGAGACACCAGAAUGUCAGCUUGAAAUUGCCAUUCAUAUGUGAUCUGUGAAUUGGCUAAUUUUGACAUGUAGGUAGUUAAGAAAUGAUUACAGUCAGAGGAGUCGUGACCUCAACUUUUCAUCAUCUCCAUUGGCUUGUGCCCCAGUUUGGAAGUGAAGAAGGUAUAGGAAGUUUUAAUUGUACCUGUGUGAUUUAUCCGCAGUCAGCUCUUUAAUUUCUUCUGGCUGUCUGAGGUUUCCGACACGCUGUAAAUUUCUCCAACUUUUUCAUUAUCUGCAAUUUCUUUAUGACUCAUGAAUCGGAGUGGAGAGAGAGUGUGGAUUUACAGCAGAGAUAAACAUGUCCAUAAAGUCUGUAUCUGUGUCAGUAAUUGUACUGCUGUCAGUGACUGUC